UUUACGGGACAAUAUUCUCUAUUUCGUUUUAGAUAAAAUUUACGCAGAUUUCUCGUCUGAGACUUUACUAAAUUGAAGAAAUUCAUCCUAUAAAUCAAAGAGUUACGUAAGUGAUCAAACUGAAAUUUCAGCAUCUCUUUCGUUUUAAAUUAAUGAAGCCAAGUUGAAGAAAAACCUUCAUUGCAGCGUAACUAUUAAAUUUUAAUUGGUUAAUUUCGUGGGCAUUUGCUUAGUUUCUCAAACUAUUGACGUAAUGGUUUAGUGCCUCUCUCUCUUAAUAUCUCGCGAACAGAUACUCAAGUGUUCAUGAAACUAUGCUCUGUGAUGACUGAUGGACUCAGACAGUUGUUCCCCAGUGAACUCAAUGCAACACGCACGACACCAGAGGUUUACAGCGCAUCGCUGCUUCCGCAUCAACGUCCGAGUUACGUGAAGUGUCUUCAGCAAUUUAACAGUUGACGCGGCCCGCGUUUUCCGAUGUCCAGUGACUCCCGUCGAAGCGGCAUGUCCCGUAACGCGCUUCUAGAAGUAAACAUACCGAAGAAGUGUCUGGGGAUGAUGCUAGGUACUCCGCUGUGCAAAUCGGGGUCUUCCCUCGACCUGACCGCCCUGUCGAAGAGUGAGGACGACCAGCAGACGUCACGUGAAGGGAAACUGCGUCGCGUGUUCACGACGCACGCUCGGAGACGAUCCACCAGGAAGAAGGAGUUGGUUCCGGGGUUCAACCUCAGCCACAUGAUGAAGGAACCGCUCAGGGUUGUCCAUUCCGUUCCUCUCAGCUUUCCAAACGGCUCGUCCACGAACGACCUGAUCUCCAGGAGAGGCGUUUUCAGUCGAAGGCAUUACGGAUCUGUGGAACUGCUGCCGCAGAUCGAGUCGGACGGGCAGGAACUGAACGGGCGUCGAUUCCGCGUAGAAAAUGGAGAAACACUUGGAGAGAAGGAAGAGAUAUUCGGGUCACCGAGCACGCCGAUCCUGGAGAACCCUGAGUAUCAGACCAGAUGGUACUUCAAGUACUUCCUCGGGAAACUGCACCAGAACUACGUCGGGGCGGACGGCGACAAGACGCCGUUCUUUCUGUCCGUCGUUCUCACGGACGCGAACAACCAGUGCGUGCCGCAGUACCGAGCCAUCCUCUGGAAGAAAACGGGUGCUCAAAAAAUUUCAAUACCCUACACGCCAAAUAAGCCAAUGACGGUGAAACAGAUAUUAAGCAAUUUUCCGAAUAUGGAGAAGUUGGAGAAAGGUCCAAAAGAGAUCUUCACGCCUGAUAUUCAGAAGGAUUUGUUGCUCCUUGAAGAACAAGAAGGUUCUGUCAACUUCAAAUUUGGCGUUUUGUAUACCCGUCCAGGGCAGAAUACUGAUGAUGAGAUGUUCAGCAAUGAGGCUGGGAGUCCUGAGUUCAAUCGUUUCAUCAGUUUGCUAGGAGACAAGGUACGACUCAAAGGCUGGGACAAAUACAGAGGUGGCCUUGAUGUCAAAGGUGACAUGACAGGACGUUUCUCUGUCUACACAAUUUAUGAGGGUCACGAAAUAAUGUUCCAUGUGUCAACAUUACUGCCAUACUCCAAAGAUAAUCGGCAACAGGUCGAACGGAAGAGGCACAUAGGAAAUGACAUUGUCAACAUCGUGUUCCUGGAUGGUGGUGCCACUCAGAUGAACCAGUUCAACCCGUCCUUCAUUAAGUCACAAUUUACACACGUUUUUGCACUUGUGACAUAUUCCCUUGAAGAUAGUAGCUACAGGCUGGCACUUUUCUCAGAAGAAUCAGUUCCACUAUUUGGUCCAUCGCUUCCCUGUCCACCUGUAUUCAGAGACUCACAGGAGUUCCGUGAGUUUCUCAUAGUCAAGCUGAUAAAUGGAGAAAAGGCUGCUUUCAACACUCCAACAUUUGCUCAGAAGCGAGAAAGGACAUUAGACAUGCUAAUCAAAGACCUGUUUUCAGAGCACAUGAAUGAUGGGAGAGGGACAAUGUUAAACCGACGGGCAUUCAGUGAUGUGCUUCCUGAUCCUCCCCGUGGGUCACGGCGGAAAGAGGAGGCACGUCAGGUUGAGUUCGUGCGCAUUGGACAGGCCCUGAAGUUGGACACCAUUGUGAAAGGUGAUGCACCCACUAGCCUGGCCACCACCGGCCUCUUCAAACGAGCACCUUGGGAGCCACAGUGUUUCUACCCUGACUUUGGGCAUGAGAUUAUCUGUGGAGACUCAUGGGGUGAGACUAGGUUGCUGGUUGCCACUGAAUCUGGUGUCUAUCUUGUUGAAGAGAGCAUGUCACAUCGCUUGGUGUUUGACAAAACAGUUGCUGUCAAACAGCUCCAUGUAGUUGAAGCACAUGGCAUCCUGUUGUUCCGAGCAGACAAAGGUCGUGACAGCAAGAUUCAUGUAUUUCGACUCUCAGAUUUUGAUGGAGAUUUUAGCAAUGAGGGUUCUGCACGUGGACGUCAGGAUUUGAAGGAGCAUCGUCUAGAGAGAACACGAGGUUGCCACAUGUAUGCCAUUAGUAGGGCUGGAGGUUCACACCUGAGAAUGGUUGUUGCAAUUGGCAAGAAAUUAUUGGUGAUGCAGUGGCGCCACUCAGCAGCGUGGACAGCCUGGUGUCCUGCCAGUGACACGGACACUGUCGAUGGGUUCCAGUAUAUUCGGGAGAUUCAGGUGCCAGAACCCCCUCAGCUGAUCACAUUAGUUGACUCAUCUCUGUCAGGAUCAUCAGGUGGUGGCAUAGCAGACAAUCAUAUCUGUGUAGGUUACCGUCACCAGUUCGACCUGGUGAAUGAGCGCACAGGUGAGGUGUCUCGGCUGCAUGCUGUCGAAGGUAGUCGAACACAUCUUGUUGCAGCUGUUGACCUCUAUGAAGAUGAAGAACCAGAAUUACUUCUUUGCUAUAAUCAUACUUGUCACUUUCAGAAGCUCUCAGAAGAAAGUGCUAGCAGCACAGAAUUCGACUUUCACUGGAAUUUUGUACCUACAGUUAUUGUGUGUGCCUUCCCAUACAUCUUCGCCUUCACGACCGAUUCAAUGGAGAUUCGCCUCAUUAUCAAUGGAAACCUGGUUCAGACCAUGGUGUUACCUAAACUGACUCUCAUAUGUUCCAAGAAUGAUAUCUUCUUUGCUACUACGGCUCCAGAAUUCUUCCAUAACAAAGCUGAAAGGCUACAAGUGGAUAGACCAGAGAGAGACCCCAGCAUCUCACCACCUUCUUCACCACACUCUUCACCCGAAGCACGGCCAUUCCGUUUGUACCGCAUUCCACUACACACACUUAGUGGGAUGGUUGCGCCUUGUGACCGGAGGUGCCCCACUCCAUCUGAACCGGCAAGCAGUAGUGGCAAUGAUACUUCUUCAGAAUCAGCCAGAUCUCUCAUGGUACCUGGAGAAUCGCACCACCACCUGAGUCACUAUGCUGAGAAUAGCUCAGGAUCCUUCCUGCUUGCUGAACCUUCACGUGGACUCAGCAGGAGCUGCUCCUCUUCUCCCACGCCUCAUCAACCUCCAGGGUCAACUUUCCUCACACCGAAAUGAUGGCAGCCGUUCCAAGGGGCCGAGCUUUCAUUUGGUAUAUAAUUACAUAUUCAUUCUUUUCUCUCUUGUUUUGCAUCAGGUAUGAUGACAUAAAAUUAUAAACAUAUUUUUAAAUGAUUAAAAUAUUUUUCCAUGUACAUUGUACAGUACAAAACUCUAUUUGUGAUGUUACGGUAAAGAAAUGAUGAAUCAUGUUCACCAUAAAUUUUCUGAAGAUCAAAAUACUGAAACAAACGCAAGAAAUAUGUCUGUAACUAUAACAAUACAUGAUGUAGUAUUGCUUGUUCUGUGGCUUGUACCAUACAAAGUAAAUAUGAUGUGAUUGGAGUUUCAGAAUGAAUUCUCCACUUCCUGGAGUGUUUUCCAAGGACUGUUUGGAUAUCUGGUUCUAUUACUUGUAAAUAAGCAAAGUCUUGAAGCAUAUUUUACAUUUGACUUUUUCCCUGGCAUAAUCAUGUUUCAAAUGUCAUGUUAUUGACAAGCCUUGUUUCAAGUCAAUAACAAAAAAUUCCAAGCAGAGCUCUUAAAGCCUGCUUUCCUACUGCAUAGAUUUCCAGUUCUGCAUCUCUAUAACUGUUGUCAUUGUUCAAUUGUAUUACUGGGUACAGCAUAAUACUUAAGUGUAGAUUGUGUAUACAUUAAAUUUAUUUUAUAUAACAACACAGUUAUGCAUCACCAUGUUUCCAGUUGUUCACCUACAAACAGUUUUUCACACAUAAUAUGGAUAUGAUCUGGCUCCAUACAGAAUUUCAUAUGCCUGGCUCCAAGCUUCAUUAAAUAUUGUCAUCAGACUGAAAGUGAAAGAAAAUAUUUGCAGUCAGUCAUGUUCGUAUUUUACCAUUCUACAUAAGAAAGAAAAAUGCCUCUGCAAAAGUUGCAAAAGGAGAGUCUGCCCUGAAGCUGAAGUGGUAAGUUCCUCUUGAACGUUGAUACCUGCCCCCUUAGACCACACAUCAGCACAUUCGAACAGAGUCACCAUGCAGACCAGGAAAAAGUGCAGAAAGGAAGUGUGAGGAUUGUAUUGUAUUGUUGUCCUAGGAGAAACUGAUGUUGCCAGGGAAGUAAUACAGACAAUGUGGUCAUUGUAUCAUAGCCAUGGCUGUCCAGUCUCAAACACAGGAGCAAGUAGGCCACAUCUCUUCAAUGUACAUAGAUUAUACUCCUGUGUUUCUCACCUGUUAGAAAUGUUGUUAAGAUACUAAAGAUCUGAUAGAUAUUAAUCUUUAUUUCAUAUUCCUUUUUCAUUUCUGAAAAAUUGCAUUUCAUUCUGUACCACCAUCCCUGAUGAAAUUACUAUCUUCUUAACACUUUGCGGACCGCACACCUUUUAAAAGGUUUUUUCGCUUUUAAACAUGGUGGACCAUUCGCGUGUUA